AUGAAGAAUAAUUACGCUCCAGUUUCAGAUUCUGAUGACUCUUUCAAAGUGCUAAAUGAUGAAAAGUCAGAUGCUAGAUCUUUAGAUGGUACUGGUACGCCUCCUCCGUACUCAGCUCCGAAUAAAUUUAUUGAUUUAGAAAUGGCUGAUGGAUCCACUCAGCAUUCUGCCCAAGAGUCCACUAACAACGCUGGAUCGGAUUCGACAUAUUCAAAGUGGAUUCGAAUAGCUAUCUUCUUUUUUUUGCAUCUUUUGUGUAUAUUAUAUUUUAUGUUAUUUUUCUCGUGGUGUUUUUUAUGUCAAGGUUCCUCUGAGGGCGAAAACCCUUUGGGGACUUUCUGCUGCUUGUGGAGCAUCCGUUGUAGUAUUUCUCUAUUUCGCGCAUAUGCUCUACCCGGGGUGGUACAAGCAAGUUGGUAGAGUGCUGUCCAACAUGUGUGCCGCAGUAUUAUGUACGGCUUCUCUGAAUGCCCCUUGCUAUUCCGUGUAUUAUUUUGUAAAGAAGGUAAUAGGAUUUGAAAAGAUGGACAAAGGGUUUUUCUAUUUUGUUUGCAUUGUUAACGUUGCCGUGUUUGUUUUAUUUUGGAGUACGACGGAUACGAGACAACUUCGAAUAUUCAUUGCUGAUUUAGGAAACGGCAUGGGAAGCAUGGUGAAUGGCAUGGGAAACAUAGGAAACGGCAUAAGAGACGCUUCGAAUUAUAUUCGACCGACAGAUUUAGCAAAUGAAGCACCUCGUAACGAGGAAAUCGAGCUUCAACCUCUUGCUGAGCAAAGCGCUGAAGUUUGAGUUCUAACGAACCUUCUCUAUCCCAUCCUCCUAUAAAUCGCAUUUUCCUUAGAAGCAUCCAUAAUGAUUGCAAUCCCUCAAGUUUCUGCAGUCGCGUCCACAAAAGUAAGCAUAAGCUUAAUAUGACGGGUUUGAUUGCUUUUCACGUUCACUCUUUUAUGAAUCUCUAAAUUCAUCUCGCAAUAGUGUUAUUUAUGAAUCGUUCGUUUUCUUUGUGACGAACGUCCUUGUUCAUGCAACCUUUUUAAUGAUUUCAUUCACAGCAUAGAAAGCACAUAUCUUCUAACUGAAUGAUCGGACGUUUGUAGAUUAAUGAAUUAAAUUGGCGUCUACUUAGAGAGUCAAGUAAAUGAAUUGAAGCACGAAUUAUCAGACUACAACUUCCAUGCAGCCAU